GAAAGUGAAACAGUCUACAGCAGAAACUCGCAGUGUAAACACGUAGUUUUCAAACUCGGAUAGUAAAAUCUCGUUAUUUUGAAAUCAAAAUGGGUCUUACAGCUCAACAGAAGGACGCUUAUACUCAAUUCUUCAAAGACACUGAUGUUGACGGCAAUAACCACUUAACAAAGGUGGAAUUGCAUACUAUGAUCACGAAAAAGCUCAAACUUAAACUUUCGGACGCUGAAGUUAUGGAGAUGUUUAGCGGUAUUGAUGGUGAUGGAGACGGUAUUGUAACUUUAGACGAAUAUUUGAAUGAAAUGGGAAAAGUUAACCCUAAAGACUUACAAAGAGCCGAUUUUGAACGAAUAUUUGAAACCAUUGAUAAAGAUGGAAGUGGAUUGUUAGAUGGUGGCGAGGUGCAGACAUUAUUUAAACAAUGUGGACACGAUGUAUCAGGUGACGAGAUCGAUGGAAUCAUUUCACAACUAGACAAAGAUGGCGAUGGAAAAAUCAACAUUGCCGAAUUCUUAAAAUUGUUCUAAUGAUUGGUCAUUUUGUUAUUUUUCGUUUUAUUUCAUAUCCACGCUUCAGUUCUAACCAAUCGCCGAACUUUGGUCAGGAUAUAUUUGUUUUUGAUUCUUGGCACUUGCAACGGCAGAGACUGUUUUUAGUCAUGCAUAGCUAAAAAAUUAGAAAACUCAAAUCCGAAGUUACGUUCACCGAGAGGAAUGUCCUUCAAACAGUAACAUGGCCAGCGUUCUGCCACAAAACAUACAAAAUUCGAUUUUAUGUGAACGAUAAUAUCACGGAGCCGAUGACCCGUGCUUUUUCCUCAGUGUGAGUGGGGAUAUGUCUCUAGUUUAAGGGUCCAUUUAAGUUGGGAGAUGUCAAUGAAUAUAAAAUAUUAAAAAUAUUUCCAAUUAUAUAAUUAAACUGAUUAUUUUUUGAAAUUGAACCAAAUCAGUAGCCUCAUUCCAUUUUUUUUUUUGGUUGAUGAUAUUCGGCAAUGACUGGAUUAUUUUUUGGUUGAUGAUAUUCGGCAAUGACUGGAUUAUUUUUGAAUUAAGUACUUUAAUGUUAAAGACAGACCACUGUUUCUCCCUCUCUUGCCUCUAUUUUAUUAUUUUGUAUUAUUAGAUAAUUCUUUUUUUAUUUGUUGACAAAUAAACAAUGUAAACAUUGAAA